AUGGUUGAUACGAACAAUAUAGAAGCGGAAUUGCAGGCUUUUCAGGAACACUUUGAUUCCAUAAGGCUAGGACUUGGCGUUGCAGAAUCUCAUGAUUCAGUUCUCGAUGUCUUUGCAGUAGUCGAUGUUAUGAUUGCUAAGAGCCUAAUCAUCGAUCUUGUUCGAAUCCUAACAAUCCAAAGUCAACCGAGCGCGCUCACAAUUUCUUCGCAGAAUGAGAAUGCAAAUUACUUGUCGGACUUAUUCAGCCUUGGCUCAAACGUUCUUACAGAUACCUUCGAUUUUAAAAUGACUAUAACGCUAAUUCAGCAAGUUCUGAAUAACGGAUCAGAAGAUGGGAUCCGUUAUACUGCCUCCAAAUUAGCAGCCCAAGCACGCCUACAGUUGGCCUCUUCAGCUUCUUCACCUAAGAAUUUAUCUAGCACGCAGCUCUUCAAUUCCGAGCAAUUGAUAGAACCAAAUUCUUCAAUGAAUUGUGAUGAGACAGAAUCUCCGCCCUCGAAGCGUGUUAAGGUUGCCCAUGGGGUUGCCCUACAAGAAAAUGAAAGCUUUGGUAUUGGGCAAAAUCAGGAAACGGGAACUCCGCAUGGAGAUGACUAUCACCAACCAGUAGUUGAGCCAUCAUCGCCUUUUCAAUACCAACCCCUUGAUACGUCACGACGGGAAAUAAGAUUGCUCAUUUUGCAUCCCUACAAGAACACCUUAAAUCUCAAUGGCUAUUCAUGCACUUUGAUUGCUGUGUCCUUGGACGAGGAUCCUGUCUAUGAAGCUUUAUCUUAUGUCUGGGGUUCUACAGUAAAUAAAAAGGAGAUUUUCAUAGAUGGUCAGCACUUUUUCAUAACUUCCAAUCUUGCAGAAGCGUUAGAUCAUCUUUAUGACAGGGAAAAGCCUCGCCGAUUGUGGGUGGAUGCAGUUUGCAUCAAUCAGGAAGAUGUAUCGGAGCGAAGUCAGCAAGUUCAGUGCAUGACUGAAAUUUUUGCAAAAGCUAAAAAAGUUGUGGUUUGGAUUGGGCUUCUUGGAAUGAAAAUCAAGAAACUUUUGCACCGUAUCAAAAAGACAGAAGAAGACGACCAGAAAUCAAAGAGCCUCAAGGGGCGUACUAUUCGUGGAACCACUGUUACUGCCAAUUCUGCUCCCUUAAAAGAUGAAGAAAUGAAAUUGAUGAACGAGCUGGCUCUAAAUCCGUGGUUCAGACGAAUAUGGGUAAUCCAGGAAGUCGCUGUCGCACGAGAAGCCACCGUACAAACUGGACGGACGACAAUCUCUUGGUCGGCCUUCUGCACGACUUUAGAGAAAUGCAGCAGUAAGCACGAGAUGAAGAGCGUCAUUGAGGCAGUGAGCAUGAUCAACACGAUAAGAACUACAAGAUUUCAGAAACCAUACUACAUGGAUUUGUUUGUCCUACUUGAGCGAUUCAGACACUGCUUGGCUACGGACGAAAGGGAUAAAGUCUUUGCUCUUUUGGGACUUACGUCAAGCUCUUCCCGACAAGAAAGAGGGCUCCAAGUUAAAGCAGACUAUUCAGUGCCGGCGUUCGACGUAUUUACGUCUCUUGCAAGGCACUAUAUCAAUAGACGGAAGAAUUUGGAUAUAAUCUGUCAUAUUGGUGAUGCUAAUCUAUCAAGUCAUAUUCCAAUACCAUCCUGGGCCCCGAGUUGGUCGUGGUAUGAUUCUGGAUUGUCGGUACUCCCUAAGCGUCGCAUACAGGGAGCUCUUGCAGAGCCCAUGUACCGAUGUUGUGGUGAUAUGGAACUUGAUAGAGAAGUUCUGUUUAGCAGUGAGCUGUAUGAUAAAACAUUGUGGUUGAACGGCUUCAAAUUCGAUGUUGUGUCCGCCAUUGGUGGCGUAACAACUAAAGCUGAGGACUUACAUCUAGAUAUACCUGCUACUCGUGUAAGCGAUGUGUUGAAAGACUGGAGAGAUCUGACUGGAAGUCUUUCUUGCAAAAGUUUGUAUGGAUCAAAUAUAAGCGAGGAUUUUCAGCGUACCUUACUCGCUGAUACUUUUGGAGAAACCCGCUAUCCAACGAAACCUCCUGGUGUUAUUUCCAAAACAGUCGGCGAGGCUUCACAUUCACAAACCAUGUACGAUGUCUUUAAUUCCUCGCAUCUCUAUAAAAGGGAGUACGCAGAUGUAGAAGAAAGCUCGGAAUCAGAUGAACGUCCUCGCGACGGCUUCUUUAAGGAUGUGAGUCUUAUCGAAAGCUGGCACGUCAGUGGAGACAAAAGCCAGGCAUCAGUUGAACCUACCAUGUACGAGUUCUUCAAUUACACUAGUCUCAUCGAAGGAGGGCACAUCGAAGGAGAAGAAAGCCUAAUACCGCUAUCGGACAGGCUGAAUGCUAGAGUCAAUAUCUUAGGCGCAAGUCUCAGACGAGCUGCUCUGAAACGAGCGUUUUUUGUAACAGAGAAAGGUUAUAUGGGAUUAGGUCCGGCUAGUAUUCAAAAAGGAGACUUUGUAUACGUUUUGGCAGGCGGACAGGUUCCGUUUAUUCUCCGUAAACACACGAAUGCGGAGACGUAUUUCUUGAUGGGUGAAAGCUAUGUCCAUGGGAUAAUGGAUGGUGAAGCGGCCAGAUUUGGAUUUGAGCUUGAGACCUUGUGCCUCGUAUGA